UUCUUGAUCCUCUUUUAUACACGCAUUUCCUUUUUUUUCUUCCAUUUCUCGCAACUUGAAUUUUCAUUACUUUUUUUUACGCCAUGGGAAUCAAAGGCUUCAAGCAGGUGCUGGGCGACCACGCGCCAAAGGCCAUCCGCCGUAUCACAAUGAAGAGCCUGGUGGGCCGCAAAGUCGCCAUAGACGCGUCGACAUCGCUGUACCAGUUCCUGGUGGCCGUGCGCAGCCAGGGCCAGAACCUGACGACAUCCGAGGGCGACGUGACGAGCCACCUAAUCGGCCUGUUCUACCGCACAAUCAACAUGCUGGAGAACGGCCUGAAGCCCGUCUACGUGUUUGACGGCAAGCCGCCGACGAUGAAGAGCGGCGAGCUGGCGAAGCGGCGGGAGCGGCGGGAAAAAGCCGAGUCGGACCUGAAAAAGGCCGAGGAGGAAGGCGACGCCGAGGAGAUCGUCAAGCACACGAAGCGGCUGGCCAAGGUGACGCCCGAGAUCAACGACGAGGCGCGCCGGCUCCUCAAGCUGAUGGGCGUGCCCUAUGUCACUGCGCCAUGCGAGGCCGAGGCCGAGUGCGCGGCGCUGGCCAGGCAGGGCAAGGUGUGGGCGGCGGCAUCGCAGGAUAUGGACACGCUGCUGUUUGGCGCGCCCGUGCUGAUUCGCAAUCUGACCGUGCCCACCAAUACCUCGACUGCCAACGGCAGGCGCCUGGUUGAGAUCGAGGAGAUCCAUCUUGAGGACGUACUGCAGGGGCUCGGCGACUUCUCCAUCGACCAGCUCAUCGACAUGGGCAUUCUGCUUGGCUGCGACUACUGCGACUCGAUCCGCGGCGUCGGCCCAAAGUCCGCCUAUACGCAUAUUUCUGACCUAAAGUCCAUUGAGGAAAUCGUCAAGCUCGAGAAAAUCGCAAAGGCCGUGCCCGAGCACUGGCCGUUCGAGCAGGCCCGUGAGCUGUUCCGCUCGCCCGAGGUCUCCGACUGCGACCAGACGUUUGUCUGGGAGAAGCCCGAUGUCGAGGGCCUGGUGCAGUUCCUGGUCAAGGAAAAGGAGUUCAGCGAGGACCGCGUGCGCUCGGGCGCCGCCAAGCUGAUGAAGAAUGUCGGCAAGCCUGCCCAGGGCCGUCUCGAUGCCUUCUUCAAAACAUCGAAGCCCCAGCCCAGGCCUGCUGCUGCGACUGGCAAACGCAACCAGCAGGUGGCUAAAGGUGGCGCUGUCAAGAAGGCAAAGAAAUAGGCCAAUGCCAUCCAAGAACCAGCCCUGGAGGGACCCACUGACUUGCCAGCGGCUAAUGUUCGGCAUCUCAUCGACCAAUUCGCGCAAAGAUCUUCCCUCCUCCUCGUAUGGCUACUAAUGACGCACUUGAGUCAUUGCCAUUUUCGUGUUUCGCCGAGCGUCCUCGGUU